CAGGCUGAGAUGUUGCGUCACGGUUUUGGAGUUCAAGGCCAGGGUAUCCGACGUCACCGUCAAGGUUUUGGCUACCGCAGACUUCCGGAUCCGGGAAACCUCUCUGUCCCUCGUCUUGGUGGCCCCGGACAAAGUAAUGACGUCAUUGCAGCUGUUGCUGUUUCCUCGGCCUCCUCACUCGUCACAUCGUCUCAAUCUGAACGUGUUGAUGAGUUGAGAAACAGCGUGAACGCCAAGAGCAGAAAUAACUGCAAUAACAAAAUUGGGUCUGUCAACAAGGCAAACCCGCAGAGUAUUACAAGUCAUCGCGACGGAAGUGACGUAAGCGGCAACAAUCAGAACAAUAGAAACAACAACGACGACAACAGCAACAACAACUUUAACAGCAACAACAGCAACAACAACAACAACAGUAACAACAGCAACAAUAACAGCAACAGUGUGAUCGCAGACACGGUCUCACAAAGAAAUGGGGCUAAUAAUAUCUCCGAGCAGGGAAAACCCCGUGUGUCUUCUCCUGUGUCAAAUUCCUACAAGGCACAAGAGAAGAAAACGACCCACGUCAGACAUUCUCACCAUGGGAGUGGGGUAGAACUAGACAAAACGGACAGGUAUAUCCCACACUUCCAGCAUGACACCCCAUAUCAAGCCCUAUCUCAAGCCAAUACGUUAGGCCCGUAUCCAGGAAUUCAACCCAAACCCUCACAUUUACAACGUCUCUCGGAGUUCAAGGACCACAAAAUGCGUGAAUCUCUGACUUCCAUUUCACACCCCACCCUCCAGAACUUCUCCCACACCCCUUUAGCCUACAGGAGACACCCCAGCUACCCGUACAAGAUUGUCACUCCUGUUCUGGACGUGGACACCAGACCCAGAAUACCGUUCGAAAGGAGGCGAAUGUUCCCGCCACAUAUCCCCCCGCUGAAGAACGGCCAGCCUCUACCGCCUCCUUUUGUACAGUUUCCAGGUCACCCAAUGGUUUUGGAGUCUCUACAUCUAGACCAUGGACACACAGUGAGGCAUUCAGGAGAGUCUUACAUCGACGGGAGAGUUUGGAGGUCAAAAGGUGAAGUAGGAAUAAAUUCUCCUCAAAUUCUCAGACAUUCGAGGGCUCCACUGGAAGUAGGAUUUCACACAGAACAUCGUGUCAAACUUGCAAACCCUGAACAUAUACGGUAUACUCCUCACCCCAGCAACAGAUUGCCUUGCGGAAAUGACGUGGUGGUAUUUUCCAAAGACACCACAACGAACGUUGCGUCUUCUUUACCUACUCCCUGUCCAGGAAUACGGAAAGCCGUUGACGGAGUCAGAAACAAUCCGACCUACCCUAGAAGGCUGGCUUCUCCUGGGUACAGACAUAAGCCAGGUCUUGGGGAGAGAGUUAUCUCCCAUCCUAACGACGUGGCAGUUGACAGAAUUCUCCAACGGAGUCAGAUGUACCGCCAGUCUGGGGAUGAAGUCCAGGACUUCCGUGGUGACCUCAGACAGGCCGAAAUUAUCAAAAGCCGGGUCGUCACUGACGGUGUGAUGAAAGAACGGAGGGUCGAUGGAAGCACAACUGAGGUGUACGUAGCGACAGAAGAUUCUAGGAGUUCAGAACACAUGCGACAGAAUAAUGAGUUUUUUGAGAGUGCCAAGGAAAACUUUUCUAGAGGGCAAACACAUGAAUCUUCUAUGAUACAGAGUAAUAAAGACUCUCUCCGCGUUCGACACAGAAGUGGCAGAAGUGCUGUUCAAAAGGACAAUGGCCCUGAUUCUGUUACCGAAAAGACGACCCGAUUAUCAGCAAGUAAAGGCUCAGUGCAAGCUCCGCCAAACACCCACAGUGAAUGUCGGUAUCUUCCACUUGUUCCUAAUAGCACUGUAGAUGCUCGUAGGGAUAUCGAUCCGAAUGGAAAGUUGGAGAAACCCGUUUCUAUCGUGAUUGGGAGUGGUGUUGAUGAUGGCGGACGUCCCACAACGGCUGUGCAUCAAGGGGGGAAGCGGGAAGACUAUAGUGGUAGUAAAGUACAAAGUCAAGAGACAUCUCUAUUGUCCGGUGACGAGAAGAAUGGGAAAAGCACAGGCGUCACUUCGGAGAAAGGAUCAGGCAAAAAUCUGUCCUGUAAUGAAAAUGUGAACACAAACUCUACGUUAGAGCAAGGAUCAAGUAAAAAUCUGUCUAGUAAUAAGAAUGUGAACUUAGACAAAGACAAUACGUUGGAAGAAGGAGCAAACAAACAACGGAAUCUGUCGGGGCAGCAGCAAAGUGGAAGCGCGAGGUCCCAGCGUCCCAGCAGCGAGUUCCCCACCAGCGAGUUUGACCCCGAUGACCCCAGCUGCGCCGGCCUCAGUCUUGUGGCCUGUCUCAGCUCCUCGGGCCGUGGGGAGGAUUUCUUCAGCACCCCCUCCACGUCAUCGUCGUUGGGAAACUUCUACGAGGCUGAGGAAAACGAUGAUGAUAAGCACGACGAUGAAAAAAACGACGAUGAUAAAAAUGCCGAUGACAAAAACGACGAAAAUAAAAACAAUGACGAUAAAAACGAGGAUAAAAACAUCCCCCACGGAGCAGCCCCGACGGGUACGCUGAGGUCUGGGAGUCCGGUGGCGCCAGAGAGUCGGAGCAGUAGCCGCGGGGAGUGGAUCGUGUGUAGAGACUACAGGGCCACGGUGAACAGCCAGUACGGGGAUAAGAACAAUAUCUGGACGCAGAACGACCGAGCCAGGGCGUCACAACAACAACAACAACAACAACAACAACAACAACAACAACAACAACAACAACAACUACAACUACAACUACAACAACUACAACAACAAGAAACUGGGUACACUGUCGAGGGGAAGUAUCAGACUUAUUUUUGUAACACGACUCAGGACAAAACUAACUAUUCAAAGUUGAAUUACAGUCAACAUUUUGAUUCUGAGAAAGUGAUGCAGAUUUCUGGAACUCACAACGGGAACUCGGACAAUAGAUUUGGUCAGAAAACAAAGCAGGGUGUCUUGAGUGAGGAGCCUGGGAGAUCAAAGGUGAAUUACAAGGCCGCUCACAACGUGUCUGACAGAGCACGUGUCGUUCCUGACACGCCGGACAUUGGUGGUCUGUCGGGUCACCAGGUGCAAGUGACCCCUCCCCGGGUCAGAGUGACCCACGAGAAUGACGUCUGGACGCCAGCUAGGUCUGUCGGAAACGACCACACCCUCGGUGGAAACGUCACGUUUUCGCGUCGUGACAUAUCUGAGGACGCUGCUGUUGCCUCGAAAAUCUCGUGGAAGCUCGCCGAACUUGCAAAAACGAGAAAUCGUAAACUAUACAUCUCUGGGAAUCGAGUUCAGAAUAACAGAUUGAUUACAAAAGAGGUUCAUUUAAACCGACCAAUCAGCAGAGAGUUAGCGCUGAGAAACAGACCCGUCAGCCGGAAAGUACCCAACAGACCCAUGAGUAAAGAGAUGGGUGGGGAGAAAUCUUUCCCCAGACCGUGGGACACGCGGCCCCGUUCCGUCGGGGAAGGCUUGAGCAAACGGCUUGCCGGACGAACGUGGAUGAAUCCUUUCAUUCACACCGAUAGAGAAAGUGUGUACAGAAGUGUGGACGACUUGUCCUAUAGAACGAGCUUGCCGGCUGAAUCGAGAAAACCGCCGAUCACGAAGCAAGAAGCGGCAAAAUUCAUCUCUGAUGUUGAUAAGAUUCGACUGCAAAAAGCCCAAAGCCUGCAGACUCUCAGUAUCUCUGAAGACAAGGCCCAGGAGCUGCUCGACUAUUUCUGGAGCUACCAAGGAAUGGGCAGACAAAUCCUACGCGCUGACUCGGCAGAUCUCAACACCGACAACGAAGGGAAACAACUGGAACAAACUAGUGGAGAAAUAGGGAAAUUUCAUCGGUUACCUCCCAUCGAUUCGGACGCGUCGUAUUACAACACAACAAACGGCCAGCGCGGUGAGGGGGUGGGGGAGGGAGGGGCGGGUCAGGCUGCCCUUACACAUGGGGACCCUGCACUAAUGGCCGCCGUGGCCCCACUCUUGGGUCACCCGGGGCGGGGAGGGGAGGAGGAGGAGAGAAUGCGGGGACGCGUCCAUCUCGUGGUCAAAUUGCCCAGCGCGACCACGGACGGGCCGCUUGAAUGAAGUAACUGACUGACUGACUGAACGGCCGAUUGCUCUAACCGUUUAACUGGAAGAACUAGGUCUACUCUCCAUUUUU